AUGGCACGUAGCCUCGACUGCACGUUGCCGCUUCUCUCUGUCGUGCUCCUUUCGUGUUGCUGCGGCCUGUCCGGCGCGGCGCGGCCGGCGCCGUCGGACGCCGCCGCCGGCAACACGAGCUUCGUGAGGGCGUGGUGCGCGGGGACGGAGUACCCAGCGCUGUGCGACGAGACGCUCUUUCCGUACGCGGCCGCGGUGGGGACAAGCCCGGCGCGGCUGGCGUGGGCCGCGCUGAACGCGACCCUCGCCGGCGCGCGGGGCGCAACCAAGGCCAUGAAGGCGAUGGCCGCGGGAGGCCACCUGGCGCCCGUGGCGGCGGAGGCGGCGGGGGACUGCGUGAGCAUGCUCGGUGACGCUGUGGACAUGCUGCGGCAGUCGGUCGAGGCCAUGGCGGAGCAGGCGGAUGAGGAGGAGGGCCAGGCGACGCAGCAGGCGAAGUUCCGCGUCGACAGCGUCCGGACGUGGGCCAGCGCUGCACUCACCGACGACACCAUGUGCAUGGAAGGUUUCAAGGGCGAGGCGGCCGGCGUGAAGGAGGCCGUGCGUGGCCACGUCGUCGGCCCCGCACACCUUACUGCCAACGCGCUCGGCAUCGUCAACGCCAUGGCCGCCCAGACGCCGCCGUGA